GAAUUAGAUUAUACUGUCACAGUAUAACACUAACUCAUCAUCGUGGCUCUAGGAAGAAAACGUGAGCAGUAGCUAUACUCUCUGCAAUCUGUUGAGCAGCUGACUUCAGCAUCUUAUAUUUACAAAACCAGUGACUUGCUAGAUACAACGAGACCAACCGAAAAUCAAGAUGAAAGUUGUCGGAUCUACCUGUGCCUUGAAGACCAAGGUUGGCAGCGAAGAUGUGGUGAGGUGUCUUUCCGACCAGAGCCUCACUAUUUCCAAGUGCAAGAUCCCAUUGCUGGACGAGCAUAUGAACGUCUUCCUUCACGACAUGAACAGCUGUUACAGCAAGCUGAAGGAGCUCGUGCCCACUCUGCCAGCCAACAAGAAAGCCAGCAAGAUGGAGAUUCUGCAGCACGUGAUUGAUUAUAUCUGGGACCUGCAGGUAGAGCUCGAUUCACCUGGCAUGAACCGUCAACAAGCUACCAAUGGGUCGCCGCUCACCCGUACCCCUCUGACCACCCUCAACGCAGAGCUGGCCAGCAUCUCUGUCGAGAACGGAUGCUCAGAUGACAGAAUUCUGUGCCGCUGAUUUUGAAGCACGGGAGCCGUCAUCAGCAAAGAACAGCGAGUGACACGAAGAACAAGAAGGCUGCCAAGGUUCAUCUCGGCAGCUUUGAAUCACGUAGGGAAGAAGCGACACCUCCCAUGAUAGCUGAAAGACUUUCGAGUACAUCCUUUAAGCGACAAGAGGAAUUGUCCUGUAGCUGGAACUGUCCUGCGAUCUAGAAGAGCUCCCCACUCGUUACGGGUGGGACUGGGUCGUGCUGAGGGCAGUCACCAAUAUUAGCACCUCAACGAUCACACUUGCUCGUUGUAUUGGGGUUCACCAGAAAGGCUGUUUCAUUCUUUCAUUUCUCCUAUUCUCUCCUUUUGUACUUUGUUAAAUUUACACGUAGAAAUUUUUAUAUUUUGUAAAAAAUGUCAACUUCUCAGAUUGCUGAGUUAUAUUUGUAUUGUAUAUUACAAUGCUAUAAGA